UUUUUUUUCCCCUAAAUAUAAAAAUAGAAAAGUUAAAUUUAAAAAUCAAAGUUAAUUUGGUAGCUAGUUAACGCCUUGGCUUAGUUGGAUAUCGGCACCUGGAAGUGUAACAAUGCAAGGAGGAUCAUCUGGCAUUGGCUAUGGUCUCAAAUAUCAGGCUAGAUGCAUAUCGGAUGUUAAAGCUGACACAGAUCACACGAGCUUCCUCACUGGAACUCUCAGUCUCAAAGAAGAAAACGAGGUGCAUUUGCUUAGGCUUUCGUCAGGUGGAACUGAACUCAUAUGCGAGGGUCUGUUCUCGCAUCCUAACGAGAUCUGGGACCUUGGUUCUUGCCCAUUCGAUCAACGCAUUUUCUCAACUGUCUUCUCCUCUGGCGAAUCAUACGGAGCAGCAAUAUGGCAAAUCCCGGAAUUGUAUGGUCAGUUAAAUUCACCUCAGCUGGAACGAAUUGCCGUGCUUGAUGCACAUGUUGGUAAGAUUAAUUGUAUUCUUUGGUGGCCAUCUGGAAGACAUGAUAAGUUGAUUAGCAUUGAUGAUGAAAAUCUUUUCUUGUGGAGCUUAGACUGCUCAAAAAAGGCUGCUCAGGUACAAUCUAAAGAGUCAUCUGGUAUGCUGCACUACUUAUCUGGUGGGGCAUGGGAUCCACAUGAUGCAAAUUCUGUUGCAGCUACUUGUGACUCAUCAGUCCAGUUUUGGGAUUUACGGACAAUGAAGAAGACAAAUUCAAUUGAGCAUGCUCAUGUCCGCAAUGUGGACUUUGAUACAAAGAAGAAGCAUAUACUUGUCACUGCAGCAGAUGAAUAUGGGAUACACAUAUGGGAUCUUAGAAAGCUGAAGGUACCUAUCCAAGAGCUCCCUGGACAUACACACUGGACAUGGGCUGUCAGCUGUAAUCCUGAAUAUGACGGGCUCUUAUUGAGUGCUGGAACAGACUCAACUGUCAAUUUGUGGUUGGCUUCCCUGUCUAGCAGUGGUGAUGAGCCAUCUGAAAGCUCAUUUGAAUUACCAACUCAAAGGGCCAAUCCAUUACUUAAUUCAUAUAGUGACUACGAAGACAGCGUAUAUGGUCUUGCUUGGAGUUCUCGUGAACCUUGGAUUUUCGCAUCUCUGUCAUAUGAUGGGAGGGUUGUUGUGGAAUCAGUGAAGCCUUUCCUUUCUAAAAUAUGAAGUUCUUCUGAACCUGGUUGGCCAUCUUCAUCCCUCAUGCGGUUGAUUUCCAUUGUUUAAGAUAUCAGAGAGAAUUUCAUUGACGAAUGAGUUCAAUAUCAGCAACUGAUACUUGGUAUGAUGGAACAGGGAAGAGGGUAAUACCUAAACAGGAAUUUCCAUGAACAACUUAACGUUUUGAAAAUGGAUUACUUAGUGUUUUCUACUCUGUGUGAAUGAUAAUAUUUGGAGAUUGUGGUUGAGCUAACAUUUCAAACUGUUUUCAAGGUUUGUACCUGUCAUCAAACUUCACUGUCUAACAUACUGUAUCAUCCUCCUCCUGUGUCAGAUAUAUUAUUCUGUAAGUUCAACCAUUUUGAUUAUAAUAAAUUACUCCUGUUGUUGUUGGAAUGUA